AUGAGUUCGCCAAGACAUGAUCCUAUAUCGCUGAAAGAGAUUCCUCCAGAGCCUAUCGAAGACGGGAAAGCACCAGAGAUCAGGAAAGAACCAAAGAAAUUGUUUGGUAUACCGAUUUAUCCUGUAUCGAACCGGUCGGUAGUACUGGGACUACGGAGAGUGCAAAAAUAUUCGACGAUUCCAAUUGCAUUGUACUUUCCACUACAUGCCGUCAACACGCUAGUUGUGCCUGCUCUAUCCCCCGGGUCCCUUCCGGACGAUGUUCUGAUGAUGGUGAGAGAGCUUCUACCGUCCUUCACAACGAAACUGCUGGUUGCAUCGAUUGCACUGCAUUUGGGUAGUGGUGCAGUGCUGAGGAUAUGGCAAACAUGGAAACAGUACGUGGGAAGUGGAAAGAAAGGCCACCGCCGCCAUCACCGCAAGGAGAAACAGCUGAGAGUAACCGACGCGGCGGAACGGGACUCGCAGAGACUCAUUGGCCUCACUGGAGGACUUUCAGGCUACUUUGUUGGUUUCAACAGGCGCUUUAGCACAUCUCCGCAGGUUCUGAGUGGGUACAUCUUGCUACCUGCGUUGGGCUAUCAUAUGGCAAUCAUGAAGUUUAUACCAGACUCGCCUGGCUUUUAUGUUGAUGUCGACUUCAGUUUCGUUAAGUGGAUUCUUCAGAAUGACGAUUGGAGGAUCAAGUGGCUUGCAGGCAUCAUUCCCCUGUCGCUGCUGAUUUACUCUGGCACUUAUCACAUUGUUGCUGGUGCCUGCCAGUACUUACAGAUCAGAAGUUUACAAGCAAGAAGACAGUGGUCUAACGUCCUGUUCGCGUUGACUCUCAGCGGCCUGGUUGCAGUUUACCGAUUGAGCAAAUGGAGCCCAACGCUGGCUGGCUCGACGCAGUACAGAAAGAUUUUCGAGAAGAUUCAUUUACUAUAG